AUGCUGGAAUGGCAUGAGAUCGACUGUGUUGGUGUGAAUUCAGUAGUGAGCCAUUCUAAAAUCUUCAAUGAGAAGGUAGUUUCGGCCACUUCAGACCUUACUGACACCCAACAACUGAUCUGGUAUGAAAUCAAACAGAUAAAGAAAGGUCAGGUCCUCAGUGAAGGAAAAGUCUUCAUCAAUCUGUGCAAUGACAUCAAACCCUUGGAGGACCUGCCUCUGGUGCAGAAGGAAAGUCUGAAUCAUAGCUAUCAUGUAAACUGUGGCUGUCAAGUAAGACACUGUCCAUUUUCAAGACCUUUUGGACCACCUGCAAUGCCCUGCACAAUCUUGGCUCCCCACAAGUGCCCCUGGACAUAGUGGCUACUGCAGGGGAGCUCGGUAGGUAUUAGGUCCAGCACUGUCCGUGUGAAGCAUGCUGAUGGCACCUGUAUUUGGUCCCAGAGCCACCUGCCUCUCAGGAUGGAGUUUGUGGAUAUCAUCCAGCCUUAA